AUGCCUACCGUGCUUAUCACAGGAGUUACAGGUUUCCUCGCAGCACAUACCGCCGUUCGUUUCCUCGAAGGAGGAUGGAAUGUCCGCGGUACUCUAAGAUCCAAAUCGAAGAUACAGGCUCUGAAUGAAAUGCCAGAAUUUAGGCCGUAUAUCGAGAAGGGAAUGCUUGAGUUUUACAUUACCGGUCCUUUGGAGAGCGGUGACUAUUCGGAAGCCAUCAAAGGUGUUGACGCUGUCGCGCACGUAGCCAGUCCGGUCGAGUUUGAAGGUUCAGACUUUCGAAAAGAUUACAUGAUACCAGCUGUUAAUGGAACGAAAGGUGUUUUAGAGGCUGCAGCGGAAGAGAACAGUGUAAAAGCUGUCGUGAUGACAAGUACAUAUGGUGCUGUAGGAGAUCACAGAAAACAUCCGACUGCUCAGGCGGGUAAAUUGGUCAAUGAAGAAAAUUGGAAUCCAUGUACCAUUGAAGAAUUGGAGAAGAUGAGUUCUGAGAAUUCCGAAGGAAAUGGAGCUUUCCUCGCCGGUUACCUCUAUUACAUGGGUGCAAAGAAAUACGCCGAAUUGGCUGCUUGGGAAAUCCAGAAAAAAGCGAAAUGGUCACUUGCAACCAUGUGUUGUACAAUGAUUUGGGGUCCACCCAUCCAACCUCUUUCUUCAUUGAGUAAAGGUGGUAUGUCAACAGAAUUCAUGUAUAUGAUUCUCGGAGGUAAAGAAGCUCCCAUCAUGGACACACUUUUCCCUUACUAUGUCGACGUCAGAGAUGCCGCUGAAGCUCAUUAUCAAGCAAUCAUGAAACAAUCUCAAGGUCGAUUCAUCCUUGCCGCAUCACCAUUCUCAUAUCAGCAAAUCGCUGAUGAUGUGAGGGAAUGGUACCCUGAGGAAAGCCAUAGAAUCCCUAUUGGACAUCCGGGAGAAUACGAAUUUGAGGAACCUGGCGUGUACAAAUUGAGUAAUGAGAAGAGCAAAACGGAGUUGGGAUUGGAAUAUCGCCCUUGGGAAGAAACUAUCAAAGAUACGUUCGACCGAUUAUUGGUAUUGGAGAAACAAGGAUUGAAUUGA